CCAGGCGGGCAGGUGCGCGCCGGCCGGAGGGCGGAGCCGGGAUGCCGCGAUGGAGCGCAGCCCGGGCGGGCUCCGGGGCCGGGGCCCAAGCACCAGGCGGAGCGCAAGUCGCAGCCGCAGCCAGAGCCCGGGCCAGGCCGGGGUCCGGGACCGCAGGGCCAGGCUGCUCGUAGCGGCGGGGACGGAGCCCCCCAGCGGCUGAGGGGCUUCCUUCCAGCUCCUGCCGGUGGCCGGGACCCAGUCAGCCCCCGCAGCCGGGGAGCGCGGGGAUACCCCCCACCUCAUCCAGGAUCCAGCGAGCUCCAGGAAAGAGGGGGGCCCCUCCAGAUUCGACACAGAGCGACUCCCCCUUGGGGAAGCGGAGAUUUCCUCUAUUUGGAAAACAGCGACCCCUCUACGGUGCCGCGAAGACUCCCCCUCUUCAAUCUGGGCCCCCCCAAGACCUAGAACGCACCCCCCCUCGUCCAGGAUUGCGGGAACCCUCUCCCAAGAUCCUGGUCAUAACAACUCCACACCUCAAGACACGAAGACACAUCUCAGAAGCCCCUAGAUCAGGGGACCCUAAACCCCCCCAACUCCGGCACACAGAAAUUCCAAAUCUAGGGACCCGAGGAAAGCAAGAAAUACCCCUCACCAGCAAGAAGCCUUGUGGACCCCCCUCAAAGCUCCAGGACUGGAGCGACUGAGCCUCUUGCGGCACCUUUCCUAUCCCGGCCCAUGAUUGUGGUGCCCUGAGCCCCUCCUGGGCCGGGCUGACGAAGACCGAGACGGCGCCCAGACCCCCUGCCGCGGCGUCCCCGCGGCCCCAGCCCAGGGAGAAGAUGAGUGUGGGCUGCCCAGAGCCUGAGCCGCCCCACUCCAUGCCCUGCUGUGGGCCGGGGACCGCCCCUGGAUCUGGUGCUGGUGUGCCUCUUCUCACAGAAGACAUGCAAGCGCUGACCCUACGCACACUGGCUGCCAGCGAUGUCACCAAACACUAUGAACUUGUCCGGGAACUGGGCAAAGGCACCUAUGGGAAGGUGGACCUGGUGGCCUACAAGGGCACAGGCACCAAAAUGGCACUGAAGUUUGUGAACAAGAGCAAAACCAAGCUGAAGAACUUCCUAAGGGAGGUGAGCAUCACCAACAGCCUCUCCUCCAGCCCUUUCAUCAUCAAGGUCUUUGAUGUGGUUUUUGAGACAGAGGACUGCUAUGUCUUUGCCCAGGAGUACGCGCCCGCUGGGGACCUGUUUGACAUCAUCCCUCCCCAGGUUGGGCUCCCCGAGGACACGGUGAAGCGCUGCGUGCAGCAGCUGGGCCUGGCGCUGGACUUCAUGCACGGGCGGCAGCUGGUGCACCGCGACAUCAAGCCUGAGAACGUGCUGCUGUUCGACCGCGAGUGCCGCCGCGUGAAGCUGGCCGACUUCGGCAUGACGCGCCGCGUGGGCUGCCGCGUGAAGCGCGUCAGCGGCACCAUCCCCUAUACGGCCCCCGAAGUGUGCCAGGCGGGCCGCGCCGAUGGCUUCGCGGUGGACACGGGCGUGGACGUGUGGGCCUUCGGCGUGCUCAUCUUCUGCGUGCUCACGGGCAACUUCCCGUGGGAGGCGGCGUCGGGCGCCGACGCCUUCUUCGAGGAGUUCGUGCGCUGGCAGAGGGGCCGCCUGCCCGGGCUGCCGUCGCAGUGGCGCCGCUUCACGGAGCCGGCGCUGCGCAUGUUCCAGCGGCUCCUGGCGCUGGAGCCCGAGCGCCGCGGCCCGGCCAAGGAGGUCUUCCGCUUCCUCAAGCACGAGCUCACGUCCGAGCUGCGGCGCCGGCCCUCGCACCGCGCGCGCAAGCCGCCCGGGGACCGCCUGCCCGCCGCCGGGCCGCUGCGCCUCGAGGCGCCCGGGCCGCUCAAGCGAACCGUGCUCACCGAGAGCGGCAGCGGCUCCCGCCCCGCGCCCCCGGCUGUUGGGCCGGUGCCCGUGCCCGUGCCCGUGCCGGUGCCCGAGGCUGGCCUGGCUCCCCCGGGUCCUCCCGGCAGGACCGACGGCCGCCCGGACAAGAGCAAAGGGCAGGUGGUGCUGGCCACGGCCAUCGAGAUCUGCGUCUAAGCCGUCCCCGCCGCCCUCGGGCCGGGCAGAGCACGCAGCCGGAGGGGCGGGGCACGGGGAGCCGACCUGGGCCCGCUCCAAGCCCGUGCCGGCGGCGGCAAGAAAUCGACUUGCUCCCGCCGGGCUGGAGGGCGUAGCGGUAGACUAGGCAGGACC